AUGUCAUUUCUAUAAAUACUUAGCGACAUAAUAGGAUGGACCUACUUUGCUGCUUGGAGUAUCAGUUUUUAUCCGUAAAUCUAUGAAAAUUGGAAAUUGAAAAAUGUGAAUGGAUUGAGUGUUGAUUAUGUGGGUUUGAACAUAACAGGAUAUAUCUGUUUAUGCAUUUACAGUACAGCCGGAUAUCUUGAUUAAUCUUUGGAGGUUGGAACAAUUCACCCUGAGGACUUGGCAUUCGCAUAUCAUGGCUUAUUGUGCACAAUCAUAAUAAUAGGCCAGAUGAUCUUUUAUCCUUUAGGAGACAAUAAAUUAUCAAUUUACAUUAUAGCCGUCUUGGUAUUCCUAUGGACCCUUACACCAAUCUAUUUCCUAUUGACACAAACAUUCGAUGUGUUCCAUGUAUCUGUUAGUUACAAUGCAUAUAGAAUGAUUGGUUAUGACAAAUUGCUGAUAAGCUUUAUCAAGUAUAUUCCAUAAGUAUACUGGAAUUACAAAAGGAAGAAAACACUAGGUUGGAACAUUUGGGUAAGUCUAUUGGAUAUAACAGGUGGACUGUUAUCUGUUCUGUAAACUAUAAUGGAUCAAUUUAUUUAAGAUGUAAACAACGAGAUAAACCCAGUCAAAUUUGCAUUGGGGUUGCUGACAAUUGGUUUUGAUUCGAUUUUGAUCUUCUAACAUUAUUUUCUAUAUCCACCAAAGAAGGAAACUUAGGUUAUGGAUUAUGUCACAAUGAAGGAUAAUGGAAUAGAUGAUAUAUGAUAAAUACUAGAUUAUACACAUUAUAA